UACACACAAGGAGAGCGGUUCCAGAACGUCCGUCCUCAGCCUCGGGCGCCGAUCGCACACCGUGUGCGCAAGGAGUUCUUGGUGAACGAUGAUUUGGAGGUGCUGGAUGCCAUGUAUCUGAAGCUUUUCGGGAAGGACCUGGGAUUGUCCGAGGAUGUCAAGUGGCAGGCGGUCACGCACAAGACUUUCGAUCACGGACGGCAGCCGUUCAACUCGAAGUUGAAGUUCUUGGGUAAACGGCUCCUUCAGACCCAGAUAUCUAUCCACCUCUUGUCUGUACCGCUUAAGGGAGGGCCGAAGGAACCCAAGCCGUCGGUCUAUAAAUCUCUGGAGGGAUCGCUGUACCAGAACCCAGAGCCAUUCGUCCACGAAGACUACAAGAGCCUUGAGAACAUCACUGGAGCACGAAUCGAAGGUCUUAUGAGCGAGAGCCGUCUGAUGCCCUUGAUUGAGGAAGUCGGGUUGCCAAAUGUGAUGCGGUGGAAGCCGGCAGAGAUCUCGGACUUGAAGCGAUCUGGCCAGCAACCCGUAGCCCUUGAGUGCCUCUUCGCGAUUACCGGAGCGGUGGCCCUGCAGAAGGGCGGUGACGUGGCCGUGCAGUUCAUUCGCGAUCGAAUCCUGACG